AUGUCGGGUGAAAUUGUUAUCCAAGAUUUUAGCGAACGCAAAUGUGCUAAAUUGCAUCUACUACCUUGUACAAUUGAUUAUAAUGGUCAAGCAAAUAUCGAUUCUUACUUUGAACCAACUAUUAAGAAGAAUGGCGAAGAUUUAUCAGCAACCUAUCGUGGUCGACCUCUCUGUGGCGCUAAGAUGGAGGUCCCCGACAACUACAUCGGAUGCGUUCUAAAAGAAACACAGAAGCCAUUUGGUGAAGAUGAGGAUCGACGAUUAAAAAUCUCCAGCCAUUUUAAGGAAUUGACGUACUGGAAUCUUGAUAACCGAACUUCAGUUAAUGAUAAAUUACAAAAAGCGAUACUAUGGACGAAAAUUGCUACAGCGAUACAUAAAUCCGAAGAUACCUAG